GACAGAGGGGCCAAUUUGUGUCUGCCAAGCAGAGAUGACGGUGCUGGAGUUCCCCUGUGCCCGGCGGUCGCCGCGGCCGGAGGCCGCGCCGUCGCCGACGACGGAUCAGGCGUCGGGACCAACCGCGUCGACUAGGAGCCGGAGAAGGGCGACUCCGUGGCGACCGUCGCUGGUCGCGAUCUCGGAGGACGUCGCUCUGUUGGCCGGGGAUGGCGCCGCCAAGGCCGCAAGGGGCGGCGGCGACGGGCCGCGCAAGUCGAGGGCCAAAUCCACGAGCAGAGUCGUUCCGCGCUCCCUCAAGGAAGAUUACGGGCUCUAUGGAGUGGCUAAAGUUGUACCCGCGUUUGCUCCAGCCGCCUUCAUAUUCUAAAGCUUAUUUAUGCAAUGGGAACCAGAUGAUCAAUGAAGCUGAUUUGUAUCUCCUUUUUUUCCUGUUUGGAUUAUGCUCUGUACAUAAAUCUGCAGUUUACAAACAUGGAUGUAGUUCUUUA